CUCUGCUUUAAGAAGAAAUAAUGAAAGAAGAUUAGAAGGACAAGGUGCAAGAACAAGACACAACAUGGACAACAAGAUGGAUAUGCUUUUUUUCUGUGGCACUUGUAAAUUUGAGUGCACCGAAGUAGGUAAAGACUCUGUUUCUGUUCUUGCCAACAAGUGCUUGGGAGACAAGAUGCUGAAACUCUCCAAGCCAUUGAAAGACAUGUUAUGCAUGGUGGCCAACGCCUCUCCUAGUUGGCUAAGAAACAUAAAAGUGAUAGGAUAUACCAAUAUGGGUAAUCAUCUUGAAGCAUGUACUAAUACCAAAAAAAUCACCUAAUAAUUUUUUUUGUUUGAGUUUCGAAGUAGUGAUGAUGGAUGUUCCCGUCUGAUGCGAUAGUAGAAUAAUUAGGACAGAUGUAUUCAAGUAUUAAGAGCAUAUCAGCUCUUUUCCAGAUAUCACAUCCAUCAUAGAAAUCACUUGGAAGACGAAGGCUGUGAUGGAGGCAGCAAUGGAAGUUGUAAACAACUGCCGAAAGAAACAAUCGGACUUUCAGUUUUCUUUAUCAGCACCUUUAAUCACUUCAUGCUUCAACAGAAUGAAUUAUAGCGCGCCACAGAAAAGAAAGUCUGAAGGUUGAUUGAGUUUUUAGCCAUUAUGAUAUUUAAAUAAGCAUAUACCUUAAC